CCAGUACUGAUAAAAUUGAAGUACAUUUUAAGAAACAAUGAAGAAAAUACUGUGACAGGGUGUCAAAACAUUGACUUUAUGUGGUCGCCGGUUCUACCACGUAGCAAGCAUACAGUCAAUCCAUCAGCUUUGCCUGCUUCUGUCAGCAAACUUGGGGAUGACUGAUGGAGCGUCCGAGCUUCCUUCCAUCACCACCAGGGGCUUCGUAUAUCGCGCAGUGCCGAGAGCGGCAUGCCUCGUCCUGCGCCAGACGCGCGGCUUGGAUGCAAGACGAGCAUCAGCGCGUGUGCGUAAGAGAAGCUUCAUUUCCACCACCCGGGAUCAUUUACACGGUGCAGCCUGGCACAGAGGCGGUGUCGUUGAGUCCUGACGCCGUGGACGUGGACAGCAAAGAAGCGAGAGACGACUGAGGAGGAGGUGGAGGAGGAGGCGGCGAAGGACUGAGGAUUCGUCUUUGGAGCAUGGCGCUUAGGUCAUCAGGCUGAGCCAUGGUUUGUCAUUUUUUGGGUGGUUGCUGACUGAUUUUUUGGAGAAUUUGCCAUGAAAGCACACGGAACAGUGGAGGACAAAGAUCACAUCAUUUCAAGUUUAAACAUGGCUGGACAACGCUGGAUGAGCCGGCUGUAAAAAAAAGGAGGAAACAAAUCCGGAAGUCAAGAUUGUUUGGAACGUUCUUUUUGAAAAGAUGCUGUUCUGUGAUGUCCAUUGGGAAAACAUGGCUCAUUGGUGGAAUCCGACAAGUCUUGGCAGGAAAUAGGAGUCUAACAUGGCCUCUAACUCUCCACUCAGCUCAUAAUUAAACAUCCUUUCAUCCCGUGGAUUAAUAUUCUCCUCAAACCUGGAGAUUUUUUUCUGCUUUUUAAAAAAAAUAUUUACAUGUAGCCCGGACUGUUCUAUAAUUUGUAUUUUUUACCAUUCAACAUGGCUCCUGUUUGGACAGCGUGGACACUGUUGGCAGCAUCGGGUCUUCUCAGAUGCUGGUGUGAAGCCUCAAGGACUAGUGGUCCGAGCAUGGGGGAGCAGGGGCCUUCUUCUGUGGAACGAGUCAAGAGGGGAUGGGUGUGGAACCAGUUUUUUGUGGUGGAGGAGUACACGGGCACAGAGCCACUCUAUGUCGGGAAGAUUCAUACAGACUCAGACGAAGGUGAGGGAAACAUCAAGUACACCAUCUCAGGUGAAGGAGCCGGCACCAUCUUCAUGAUUGAUGAGCUGACUGGAGAUAUCCACGCCACGGAGAAGCUGGACCGCGAGGAGAAGGCCUUUUACACCUUGCGAGCGCAGGCCCGGGACCGCCUCAGCGACAACCCGCUGGAACCAGAAUCUGAGUUUGUCAUUAAAGUCCAGGACAUCAACGACAGUGAGCCCAAGUUCUUGGAGGGGCCGUACAUCGGCAGCGUGGCUGAACUGUCACCCAUAGGAACGUCUGUUCUCAAGAUUACGGCAUCAGACGCUGAUGACCCGACUUACGGCAGCAGUGCCAGAGUGGUCUACAGCGUCCUGGAAGGAGAGAAGUUCUUCACUGUAGGCAGACACACUGGUAUCAUAAUGACAGCUGUGGCAGAUCUGGACCGUGAAACGCAGGAUCGUUAUGAGUUGGUCGUCAUGGCAACAGACAUGGCAGGACAAAUGGGCGGUCUCUCCGGCUCCACCACGGUGACCAUAGUGAUCACGGACGUUAAUGACAACCCGCCACGCUUUCCACAGAAGAUGUACCAGUUCAUGGUAUCGGAAGGGGCGGCGGUGGGGACGCCAGUGGGACGCGUCAUCGCCACAGACGCAGACAUGGGCGACAACACGGACAUGAGCUACCUCAUCCAGGAAGGAGGCGAGCUCUUCAAAGUCACGACGGACACAAUUACGCAGGAAGCUGUUGUCUCCAUCAAAAAGCCGCUGGACUUCGAGAGCAAGCGCACCCAUAAUGUCGUAGUGGAGGCGAUCAAUAAGCAUGUAGACCCUCGAUUUGUGGACCUGGGCUCCUUCCGAGAUCAGACCAUCGUUCGAGUCAGUGUGUCGGAUGUGGAUGAGCCGCCACUCUUUCAGCCGGCGGAAGGCACCAUCAUGGAAGUGCAAGAAGACGCCAAAGUGGGAGCGCUGGUUGGUGUCAUCACCGCACGGGAUCCGGAUGUGAAGAAUAAACCAGUCAGUUUCUCCAUCGAUCGGAGCACAGACCAAGAGAUGAUCUUCCAAAUCGAUCCAGAUUCUGGUGCCAUCACACUGGGCAAGAUUUUGGACCGCGAGACAGCCGGCUGGCACAACAUCACGGUGACGGCCGUGGAAGCAGAUAACCACACCAUGAUGUCGCACUCAGAAGUGAGUGUCCGCAUCCUGGAUGUAAAUGACAAUCCUCCAGAACUGGCCACACCCUACGAGGCCUCCAUAUGCGAAGAUGCCAAGCCAGGCCAGAUAAUUCACACCAUCAGUGUGGUGGACAAAGACGAACCGCAGGGUGGACAUCAUUUCUACUUCAAACUGGCCCCUGAAGCUUCCGGCAAUCAACACUUUACCCUGUGGGACGUCAAAGACACCACUGCUGGAAUCCAGAUGAAGCGCUCGGGCUUCAACCGUCACGAGCAGAAUGUCUACUUUUUACCCAUCCUGGUGGAGGACAGCGGCCCCCUCUCCCUCAGCUCCACGGGCACCCUGACCAUUCACAUCUGCGACUGCGAUACAGAGGGAGCCAUCGAGUCCUGCAAUGCCACAGCCUAUGUAAUGAGUGCAGCUCUCAGCCCGGGGGCACUUAUAGCUCUGCUGGUGUGUAUGCUCAUCCUCAUAGUCCUCGUCUUGCUCAUCCUGACACUCAAACGCCACAGGAAAGGCCAGCGGAUGGCGGAGGACGAGGAGGACAUGCGGGACAACGUCAUCAAGUACAACGACGAAGGCGGCGGCGAGCAGGACACUCAGGCUUAUGACAUGAGCGCCCUCAGGAACCUCUACGACUUCCCCGAGGCCAAAAGCGCAGACUCGGGUCCGGAUAUCCGCUCACUGCCGCAGUGGAUACAAGCUAGCCGGGUCGCUGGCGGGGCAGAAGCCACGGCCGCGGUGACGGCAGCUGACUUCUCGCUCUUCAAAGGUUACAUCCGAAAGAAGGUAGAGCAAGCUGACGCCGAUCUGUCCGUGCCGCCGUAUGACUCGUUCCAGACGUACGCCUUCGAGGGCAGCAGCUCGCCCGCCCUGUCGCUCAGCUCCAUCCACACACUGUCCACCACUUCUGAACAGGAUUUCUCAUACCUCAGUGACUGGGGGCCACGUUUCCGGCAGCUGGCGGGCUACUAUGCUCCGGGGAAACCAGACGAGGACAUCUCCUAGCACAGAGUCCGGUCCGCACAAAGACUUCCCAUUCUCCUCUUCUUCUUCUUUGUCCUCUUCUUGACUGCAGUUAUCUCAGCAAAGUAUCUCUGAAAGAACACUUCCUGACGGUUUUGCUUCUGCUGGACUUUUUUCAGGAUUUUAGCGUGACAGCUGUUGCGACGACGAUGAUCAUGAUGAUGAGAAGUCGAGACAGAUAAGGAGAUGCCAGGUUCCCAAAAUUGCCAUUUCGCUUGAGAUGGCAGCAAGAAAUGUUCCAGUCAGGUGAUGAGACGUAACUGACUCCAGCUUGAAAAAGGUUUUGCAGACACCAUAAGGACAAAAAGUAUUGGGACACACCCCUUAGUUCACCCUUUAAACUCAAUCAAUUUAGUAAGACAUUUUUCAUAAACUUGUGGGAACACUUUUGGGAAAGUCCUUUACCGUUCUCCAAAGCCAAGACCCAUAAAACAUGCUUGGAUGUUGUGGAAGAAGAACUCCAAUUGGCCUUCCUCAGGUCAAACAUCAGUGACCUCUGACCUAUGUUGUAUAUUCUUCAAUAUGAGACCAUUACAUGGUUAAAAAUUAACUUUUUUUUUAUUUAUCUUCUAAUUGUAAUGUAUUAAAUCAGGGCUUUUCAAACUGUGGCACCUCCCCUCAGAGAGUAUAACACCGUUGGGGCCUCCCGUACUCCCCCAAAAAUGAACUUUCUGUUUUUGUUGUUGUUGUUUUUUUUACUCACUCAUUGUAAAAACCAAAAUAUUUGAAUUUUGCCUUUGACAACCAAAGUAUUUUUCUCAAGCUGUUUCACCCGCCUUGAUGUUUUAAGACAGCAAAAAUUACUUAUGAUUUAUUAUACAACGAUCUAGCAGUCAAAAUAUAGUGUUGCUAAGAUGAUUUACGGCCAGUUGUUGCUAGGCAGGAUUCAUGGUACGGUCGUCCUGACUUCCUGGAACUCCGGGUAUUACAGAAAUCAUAUUGAUGUGUUUCCUAAUACCAUGCUAACCGUGUUAGGAGUACUGAUUUCUGCCUCCUUCCAAGAAAUGGAGAAGGUCGCCAUUGCUCUUACUGAGUGAAUAAGAUUACAGUUUCAAUUUCUAUUAUAAUUAUUAUUAUUAUAAAAUCUAAAAUGAUCAUGAUUUAGUAUAAAUAUUUCGAAAGUCUUGACUUACGGGACAACAAAUGGCAAUUACUGUAUUUUCUGGACUAUAAGUCGCUCCGAAGUAUAAUUCGCACAACGCCAAAAAUGCAAAAUUAGGUAGAAAAAACAUACGUAGGUCGCACUGGAAUACAAGUCGCAUUUUUUGUGCAUAAUUUAUUUUACAAAGUGUUUGGCCAAAACAGACAUUACGUCAUCUUGGAAUGCAAGUUCUAACAUUAAUAAAAGAAUAGAAAACAUUUUCAUUUGUGAGUCGCUCUGGAGUAUAAGUCCCAGGAACAGCCAACCUAUGAAAAAAAGUGUGACUUAUAGUCCGGAAAAUAUGGUAGCCUUUGGCUAGAAUCUGAUAUAUUUACAUAUCAAGUAUAUGUUAAUUAAUAUGUACUGUCCUUAUCUUAAAUAAAUAAAUAUACAAAUGUAUGGAUUAAAUAUAAAAUACUUAUUGGCUAGGGGAAAAAACUGCCCAUCAUGACCCAAAAAUUUUGCCUUCUCAAAAAAGGGGAAUCCGUUAUUGUUAAUAUAUUUUUUUCAAAUUCACUUUGUGUAUGUGAGGUGUCCCAAUACUUUUGUCCACACCUUCUGUCCCUCAAAUGGAAGACUUAAUUUUUAUUUUUUUGUUUUGUUCUUCUGAUGUUAAACCGCCAAGGCAACUCUUCAAAAUCCUGUUGUUUUUUUCUAAAACAAACAUAAAAAGGAGGUAAUAUUUAUGUAUUUAUUUGUUUUUGUAAAAUAUUUAUUCACAUCAUUUCUACUGAAGUCUGGUUCAAGGGACGAAAAGAGAUAAGGAAAAAGGGAGCAUGCAAUGCUGGGAAAAUAUUUGGAUUUAUAAAUUUAUUUUCUAUGACCUGUUUUUGCUGAAAAAGGGAAACAAAAGAUGAAGAAGACAGACGGUGAUACGUGUUUUUUGCAAUUCUUUUUGUUAUUUUGGGGGGGUGAGGACAAAAAUAUGUGAAUUUAUUCUACACAGCUGGUUUAAAGGCAGUGACGUACAGAAUGAUUGAGGACUAAACUACAUUACUGUUUCAUGGAAUCCUCCCCCCAACACUUUUCCAUUUUUCUCUCCUCAAUUUAUGUGUUUUUAAAAGAUGUUCAUUUUUUCAUCUCAAUCUUUAUUUUUUUUUUUCUUUUGCUGUGGGAAGACAUUGACAUUUUAUCGAAGGUUUAACGAAUGAAUGGGUCACAUCAAAC